AACAUCACCCCCACCACGAACUACUGACUGAGGGAGUGUUGGCGCCCUGUAUGUUUCAGCAGCAGAUGCAGGCUCAGCAGGCGGCGCUCCCCCACGCAGGGCACGCGCCCCCCAUCCCCCUGGGCCCCCACCCCGCCCUGCCAGGAAUCCCCUCCCUGCCGCCUUCCUCUGCCGCAAGUCUGCUGUCGGGGUUUACAGGCUCGCUGGUGGGUCCGGCGAACCACCCGCUCUCCCUGCUCAGCUCGAAACACCUUCUGCAUCGGGACGACAACACCCUUAAAGAAAUGGAUCAUCCGAUGAAGGACAAAAGUUUCCAAUCGAACUGCAAGGAAUGAUGAAGAAAAAGAUCAGGGGUGGAAGAGGAGGAGGAGGAGUAGGAGGAGGAGGAGGAGGAGGAGGAGGAGGAGGAGGAGGAGGAGGAGGAGGAGGAGGAGGAAAAGCGAUGAGCGUAGCAAUACCUCUUCUUAAGCGAUACUGCCCCCCCCUCUCUCUCUCUCUCUCUUCCCCCUUCCUUGCCUCCCCCCUCCUCCCCCCUCGAUCUGCUCGGUAGGACACCAGUGCCGCGGACACCCUGUAUAAUUGGGACACUGUAUAUUUGGGACGCCUUUAUAUUUGGGACGCCCUGUAUAUUUUGGACGCCCUGUAUAUUUGGGACGCCUUUAUAUUUUGGACGUCCUGUAUAUUUGGGAAGCCUUUAUAUUCGGGACGUCUUUAUAUUUUGGACGCCCUGUAUAAUUGGAACACCCUGUAUUUUUGGGACGCCUGUAUAUUUGAGAUGCCCCAUGUCAUUGGGACACGCUGUAUACAUUUUGUUUGGAUUGAAAAUGUCCCAAUAAAAAAAAAAAAUCAUUGCUGUGGUAUAUACUGUAUUAUAUAUGUGAGAAAUAUUUAUAUAUAUAUGUCUGCGUUAUGCUAUAUAAAUUGAUAAAUAAA